UCGGCCAGUGCUGGGCAUCGGAGAGGUUCGUGUUCCAGAGGGUCACCUGUGAACCGUUAUCGUCUGAAAGCAUCACAUAUUGGACCAUAGAUGGUAAAACACACCUUUUUGCAUACUGGGAAUAUGGCUGCUAACAUGGGGUCCAUGCGUAUCCUCAUCAAGGGGGGAAAGGUGGUCAAUGAUGACUUCACCCAGGAAGCAGAUGUCUACAUCGAGAACGGCAUCAUACAGCAGGUUGGAAAGGAGCUGAUGAUUCCAGGCGGGGCUAAGGUGAUAGAUGCCUCUGGAAAGCUGGUGUUACCAGGCGGAAUAGACACGUGCGUGCAUCUGCAGCAGACCUUCAUGAACGCUGCCAUCCAGGAUGACUUUUACAGUGGGACCAAGGCAGCUCUGAUGGGUGGUACCACCAUGGUGAUGGCUCUGGUUCUGCCUGAACAACACUGCUCUCUGCUGGACGCCUACGAGCAGUGCAGGGCUCUUGCUGAUGCCAAGGCAUGCUGCGACUACGCUCUGCAUGUCGGGGUGACCUGGUGGGGACCAAAGGUGCGUGAUGAGAUGGAGACCCUGGUGAGGGAACAUGGAGUGAACUCCUUCCAGAUGUUCAUGGCCUACAAGGACAUGAUGAUGCUGCGGGAUUCAGAGCUCUACCAGACUCUGCAGACCUGUAAGGACAUCGGAGCCAUCGCUCGCGUCCACGCCGAGAACGGAGAGCUGGUGGCUGAGGGUGCCAAAGAGGCUCUGGAUUUGGGCAUCAGUGGGCCGGAAGGAAUAGAGAUCAGUCGACCAGAAGAGCUGGAGUCUGAGGCGACUCACAGAGCUGUCACCAUCGCCAACAGGGCUCGCUGCCCAAUCUACUUGGUGAAUGUGUCCAGUAUGUCUGCUGGAGACAUGAUUUCUGCUGCUAAGAUGCAGGGUAAGGUGGUCCAUGGAGAGACUACAGUUGCUCACGCAGUGCUGAAUGGGAUGCAGUAUUACCACCAGGACUGGGCUCAUUCCGCCGCCCACGUCAUCGUCCCUCCUCUCCGCCUUGACCCAAACACACCCAGCUACCUCAUGGGCCUGCUGGGCAAUGACACUCUGAGCGUGGUGGCAUCAGAGCACCGUCCAUUCAGUACCAAGCAGAGAGCUUUGGGCAAAGAGGAUUUCACCAAGAUCCCUCAUGGAGUACCCGGAGUCCAGGACAGGAUGAGCGUCAUCUGGGAGAGAGGAGUGGUUACAGGAAAAAUGGAUGAGAACCGUUUUGUGGCGGUGACGAGCUCCAACGCUGCAAAGAUCUACAACCUGUACCCACGCAAAGGCCGCAUCAUCCCUGGGGCUGACGCUGAUGUGGUGGUCUGGGAUCCAGAUGCAACAAGGACAAUCUCUGUGAGCAGUCAGGUGCAGGGCGGAGACUUCAACCUGUACGAGGGGCUGCGCUGCCACGGCGUUCCUCUGGUCACCAUCAGCCGGGGCCGUUUGGUGUGCGAGAACGGCGUGUUCAUGUGUGCCGAGGGGUCCGGAAAGUUCUACCCACAGCGCACUUUCCCCGACUACCUCUACAAGAAGAUGGUCCAGAGGGAAAAGACUCAGGCUUACAAAGGAGUGGACAGGGAUCCUUACUCGGGUGACGUGGCCAAGGUUGCAAACACCGUGAAGAAGGAGCUCGGUUUGGGCCCCAUAGAUGGAGAGACAUCUGGCAAACCCUGUGGUCGAGUGCACGUGGGAGUCCGAGACCUCCACGAGUCCUCCUUCAGCCUCUCAGGAUCUCAGGUUGAUGACCACAUCCCGAAGAGGUCCUCGGCUCGGAUCCUGGCCCCUCCCGGUGGCCGCUCCAGUGGUAUCUGGUAGUCACUGGUGGGAGCUUCAUCCAUCUGAGCCGCUGUGUUUUGUAAAUUUCUGAGCAACCAGGAAAACUGCACUGAUUUUCAAUCACAGGAUAAAAGUAAAGAAGGGAAAAUAAAUUCAGGCACGUGUCUGUGAUUGGUGACGAUAACCUGAUGAUCAGAGAUUCUCCAAAGUGACUCUUACAAAUCUAAUCUGUGUCUUAAUUGGAGCGACUGAUCUGAUUAAUUAAUGUGAGAGUGAAGGGCUGUCUUUACAUUUAAAUUGUUUUGCCAAAUUUGAGCUGAUCAUACUAACAUUGAUAAAAUCUGCUCAUUAUCACCCUGCUUGUAUCUUAAACUGUGAAAGGUCAAAACCAGUACAGUUUUUAAUGGUUUGAACUGAAGUGAUGUUGACCGAAUUAUUUAAAAUAGUAUCUAUUACACCCCCCGUCACACACACAUGCACACAGACAGACAUACACUGUAGGCACCAUAGCUUUAGACUCAUGUGAAGAUGUGUGUGGAUACUGUUUGUGAUUACACUGCCCACUGUGCUCGGCGUCCCGCUGCGUAGUGGGCUCCUCUAACAGUGUUUUUGUUUCUGAUGGAUGAACUGUGCCGUGUGGUGAUGAAAUCCAACUGCUUCAAACACCGUGUCCUCGUAAAGCUGCACUCUCUCUGAACAUCCCUGUGUUCUCACUGCCUCUGACUCAGUCACGUGUCCCACAAACGUUCUCGCCUCACCUGCAGUUAAGGAAGAACUCAGCCUGUUAGCUUAGCCGGGAUUAUAUCUUUGGUCCCAGUCUCAGUCUCAGUGCUGUCUGUAGACCUCAGACUGGAUGAAGGGAACAAGAAUAUGUUAUUUAACCUUCAAGUGACUGAGUGGAGUCAUUUAUAUGUGACGUUGUGAUAUUUUUAAUUAGAAAAAUGAUUCCUGCCGUAAAUUUGUCACUCUACUACUUCUACAGUGUUUUAUAAUUUUCUACAGGGAUUGGUGUGGUAAGGAUAAUGAAAUAUUUAAAUAUUACAGACUUUGAUUUUAUUGUAUUUUCUACUUUUAAUCACUAGAUUGGAUGUUUUCCCUGGCCAACAAAUCUUGAGUAGGAUGAUUUAAUGCUGCGGAAGCCUUGCGGCAGAUACUUUAUGCCCAAAAGAGAUGUGAUGCAUAUCGUGCUUCUCUAGUCUUACUAAUCUUUAACCACACAUUCAUAUACUUCCCCUCUGUGGCCAAUUUAGAGGCACCAAUUAAUUUAACACACAUAUCUUUGGACUGAGGGAAGAAACUCACACAGACACAGGGAGAUACAAAUAUAUACAAGAUACACAAAAAGGCUUCAGCUUGCCGGGGGAUUCGAACCAGCAACCUUUUUACCCCACACCUUAAAAAGGGUGAUGAGGUAUUGAUGUCACUACGCUACCAAGUUUCAACUUUGUGAAUGCACUAACUCAACAACAAUGUGACCUAGGAUGUUUAAUUUCACAGCAUAGAUGCAGCUACUAAAAAUCUCAGAUGACUUAGUUCUUACAUAAUAAUGCCAAUCACAGAAAGUGGCAGGUUUAUAUUUAUUGUGAUUUUAGCAUUUUCUAUUUGUGGUUCUUACUUAGCCAUUUGCAAGUCACUAAGACUCAUGUGCACCCAAUUAAGAUCUACUGAGACCUGUUCAUGUGCUGUGGAACUUGUACUUCCAGGAGAUUCGUGCCACCUACAGAUUCUGCUGCCAGGAGGCUGACGGGCAGCACAGGCAGCCAACAGUAUUUAUCUUUAUCUUUUUCCUGUGAGGUGAAGGAGCUCACAGGUAACAGAAUCAGUACAGGUAUGAUAAACACAAAUAGAAUAUAACCAAGUCAUAAAUGACUCCACUCAUGUGCUUCAGUUGCUGAAAUAUCUCGGUCGAUUGAGGGUUAAAGAUCACAGUGUGAUGUUUUCUACUAAUACAGAACAUGACAAUAACAGAUCACUUCUGAGAGCAAAUGUGUGAAUAAAGCUUGAAAAGGCUUAUUUAUUCCAAGAAGUGUCCCUAAAAUCUACGGCUGCAGAAAUCAAAGGAACGUAAAGCGGGAUGUAAUGAGAGCAGUGAGUCUCCACAGAGCAGGAAGACUGAGCUGCACAGGCUGAAGAUAAACCACUGACCCUCUCAUUCCUGCCGAGCAGUAUUAUAUUUAUACAUGAUCACGUCUUCUUGUCCGUGUACUCUAUAUAUUUAGGAUGUUUGUUUUUCUGUUUCUAUUCAAAUGUGCCAAUGUGAAUCACCUGUGCCACUCCGACACCCAUGCAUGAAGAGCACCACAUGAGCAGGUGAAGAGGAGUGAAGCUUCCUCUGAUCGCCGCAGGUUCACACAAACUGGUGCUGUUUUUCUACGAUUACCUACGACGACGGCAUUAUUUUACUGUUGGAUGGUUUUGUUGUCCUGAAAGCGCUGUGACGGCUCAGUGGCUGUGUGUCUUUGUAGAUUCUCGUUGUGUUGGGAAGUGAACGUGUUGAAUCUGUAAGUGGCUGCUUGUUUCUUACCACAAGAAAAACAGCAAAAGAAUAAAGUGAGAAAAAGGAAAAA